UACUAUACCCCUCAUCCCUCACAGACACAGAGACUGCCGAGCGGCUUCACCGUCUGCGUGGUGCUGGAGCUGUGUCUGCCCUAUUGCGCGUGAAGAUAUUGGCUGUGGCUGGAGUGUUGAAUGUGGUGUUGAGUGUGGUACAAGGGGCCGCCCCAAUGGUCAUUGAGAACAGGUGCAGAAAUGUCCACAGCGAUGUGGUCAUCCGACAGACGGACUGUACUACCUCGUACACGCUGAGGCCGGGUGCGUUCUAUAAAUAG